AUGGUAGAUAAUGGUUCAAAAAUACAUAGAAGAAAUAAAUCUACGACCUAUGACUUGACGUCUACUGAUGAAGGGUACGGUGUAAUGAAACGACCUAAUAUCAAAUUGGUGACUUUAGGCAAUUAUCAGAUCGAACCUUGGUAUGGUAAUGGAGCAUAUUUCAAUGAUAAAGGUGUUAAGAAAGAACUCGGAGUGGAAGCUGAUUUACAUGAUAAAUUAGAUGAACAUACAGUGUCUGAAGGAUACUGGCUUGAUAAUCUAUACGUAUGUGAAUAUUGUUUCAAAUAUACUUCAAUCAAAUACAAAUAUCAAGCCCAUAGAGCUGCUUGUAGACAUAAUAAACCACUACCUACUAUUGGAAAAUUGGUAUAUAGAGAUGACGAUUCUCCCUAUUUAAUAAGAAAGGUCAAAGGAUAUGAAGAUACUUUAUUUUGUCAAAAUCUUUGUCUUUUUGGGAAACUUUUUCUUGAUGAUAAAUCCGUCUUUUAUAAUGUUGAUCAAUUUGAAUACUUUAUUUUAUACGGAUUCGAUGAUAAUGAUAUACAGGCGGAUACGAAGGAACCUAAUUUCAAACCUAUGGGUUUUUUUUCCAAAGAAACUAUAUCUUGGGAUGGAAAUAACAAUCUAGCUUGUAUUUGUAUAUUCCCACCAUAUCAAAGAAAACAUUUAGGAACAUUAUUGAUUGAAUUUCUGUAUGCCGUUGCCAAAGUAACCCCAGGGCAAAGUCUUAGUGGCCCCGAAUUCCCCUUAUCGGCAUUUGGUAAAGUAAGUUACUAUCGUUUUUGGUCACAAAAAUUAAGUAUAUUUCUCCUCGAUUACUUGAAUAAAAGACCCAAGUUCUCCCUUCAAGAGGUAGCUGAAUUGACAGGAUUCAGGAAAGAAGAUAUCAUGUUAACAUUGGAUUACAUGAAAGUCCUUCAAGUUCAAAAAUCUGGAGAUCUAUCAAUAUUGCUAGGGAAUAUUAGACAAUUUUGUCUAGAUCAUAAAAUCGACCCUACUCAAGAAACAGGUAUGUUAAAAGUAGACUGUCUCAUCAUAUAG